CCAGCUUUCUGUCUAUAUUAACCCGCCGUGCAAACCUCUCACCCCUCCGCUCCCUCCAUCCCUCCAUCCCUCCAUCCCCCCACCCGAAUCGAAAUGUUAUUCAACUCCAGAAUCCUCACGUUUAUCCUGCUGCACUCUGUCCUCCUCGCUAUCACCGCCGCCCCUGCACCCGUGCCAUUGCCGUCACCGUUGCCUCUCACGUCGACAGCGGAUAAGACCGGGCAGUUGGGCACUUUGAAAAACUGCGGUGACUGUACGCUAGCUUGGAGGUCGGGAGGUCAAGAACACGAAUGGGCUGCGGGAAUGGGCUGCGGAGGGGGCGGCCGCUUAUGGCGGUAGAGUACGGCAGCGAGCGCCGAGCGGGAGGCAGGGCUGGGGGUGGUGCCGGACUGCAGACUGGGGUUGGAAAAGUAGGGUUCGCUGUGCACAGGACUAAGGUGAAUGCAAAUGUUGAACUACGUA